AAUAUACUCUCUCUCUCUCUCUCUCUCUCUCUCUCUCGGCUAUGGCGAUGCCUUUUUCUCCUUCUACACUUCCAUUUUCGAAGCUGCGACCACCUCCAACGGUGCACCCGCACCUACCUUUCCUUACCAGAUGCGAGUGUACACGUUCGUCGUCAGACGCAGAUCCGCGUGUAGGAAACGCGAGUAACCUUGGUAUAGGGUCUCCAAUCAUCGUCGUUGAAGCUCCGGCCACGUUAAAGACCGCUGAUGCCAUGCCCUGUCUCAAGGUCAACUCGGGCAUAGUCAAACUAGGUGAUGUGGGAAGAAUCGUGGCGAGAAAACCCAAAGAUGUGUGGGCCGUUCGUCUCACUGUUGGUACUUUUCUUAUGGACGGCAAGUAUUUCAAGCCCUUAGAUCUUGAUGAAUGAACGGCUGAGAUUUUCCCACAAGUGGAUUUAUAUCAUCUUGAUGUAUUAAUCUAAAAGACGGUGUAUACAUUUCUUUUACUUUUUAAUGAUCCAUACCCAACA